GCCCUGAUCCUAGGCACAUAGGUAAUCGUGGACCUUUUAAACGUCCUUCAUCCUUUCAAGCAAGCCUCCUCCAACUCCCAUCUCCACCACACUCUACAAUUUCUACACCAAGCUCUCAUUUAUCUUAAGUUUUAGCCAAGCUAUCACAAUGAUUACUAGUACCAAACUUGACGGUAUCGCCCUCGUUGUAGGCGUAUGGAUGUUACCUAUCCCACAGGUAUAUACACGAGUCGCUAACAUACUGGAAUUUAGUCUGGCAGCGGAAUCGGCCGAGAAGCUGCUUUCUCCCUUGCUGAGGCCGGCGCGAAGGUUAUCGUAUUUGCAGACAAGAAUGAGGACACAGCAAAAGCCUCAUCCGAAGAAAGCAAAAAGUAUGCGAUUAACAAAGACUACCAAAGCACAACCUUUACGAUGAACGUCCAGGAUGCACAGUCAGUCCAGGACAUGGUAGAUUUUGUUGUCAAAGAGUUUGGUCGCCUCGACUACGCCGUCAAUGCGGCUGGCGUUGACAACGGCGUCAACGCCCCUGUAGCUGAGAUUGACGUUGAUAAUUUUGACCGCAUCAUGAACAUUAAUGCCCGCGGCAAUUUGGUCUGCGUGCGUGCUCAGGUUGCAGCGAUGCGCAAGCAGGAACCUAAGACUUGGAGCAGCAGGAAUGGUACGCGUGACAUUGGGCGCGGUGCCAUUGUUAACCUUGCGUCGGCCAAUUCUUUUGUUGGUCUCCCGGGCAAAGGCUGCUACACCAUCUCAAAACAUGCAUUCAUGGGAAUCACCAAGAUGGCAGGCCUUGACCAUGCUCCUGAGGGGAUUCGUGUUAAUGCUGUGUGUCCAGCUUGGGUACGCACACCAUUGUUGGAUAUAGAGAUACAAAAGAACCCCGAGGUACAAGGCAUUAUCUCGGCUGUUGUUCCUAUCAAACGUGCAGCUGAGUGCGAGGAGGUGUCUGAUACCAUUGCGUUUUUGUGUAGCCCAGCGGCCAGCUACAUCAAUGGCGCUAGUUUGCUUAUUGAUGCCGCUAUAACUACGACCGUACGGCUAUUUUAAAAAUAGCAGGGUAGAAUCUUGGAGGCUAUAUCCUAGUUACCUAACCUGGUAGAGUAGCACUAUUAUAUUACAAGAAUAUAUUGGGUUUUAUUUUGCCUACGAUCUACUUUCGGAGUCCAUCUAGAAUGUGACGGUACGUUGGCGAGAGGGACAACUGGGAAGAGGAUGGAAAAAAUAUCGCUUCUGCGGAUUGUUUGAACCGGAUACUGUCGGAGCAUAAGAGAUUCUACGUGUUAACACAAUAG